GCCUGAGGCAGCCGCGGCGGCGGUUGGGUAGGGGCGUGCCGGCCAGGCACAGAUUGAGCGAGAUGUUGCCCAGCAGGGAGAAGUGACCCUCCUGCGCCUGUCCGGAACAGAAGUGUCAUUUCAGUAUUGAUGACCAUGCUGCCUGCAAUUCAAGUGUGGUUUGGAGAAGACCUGCCGCUAAGUCCACGGAGUCCUCUGACCCCCAGACAUGGGCCAGGUUUGGCUGAUGUUUGUCAGUAUGAUGAGUGGAUAGCUGUGAGGCAUGAGGCCACCCUGUUGCCCAUGCAAGAAGACCUGUCAAUCUGGUUAAAUGGUUUAUUAGGUAUUGAAGUUAAGGCCGAAAGGCUAUUGGAAGAACUUGAUAAUGGAGUGCUAUUAUGCCAACUGAUUGAUGUUCUUCAAAACAUGGUGAAAACAUGCAACUCUGAAGAACCUGUGAAUUUUCCAAUGAGAAAAGUGCCCUGUAAGAAAGAUGCUGCAUCUGGUUCAUUCUUUGCUAGAGACAAUACUGCGAACUUCCUUCACUGGUGCAGGCACAUUGGGGUUGAUGAGACUUACCUCUUUGAAUCUGAAGGUUUAGUUUUGCACAAAGAUCCAAGACAGGUGUAUCUUUGUCUUCUUGAAAUUGGUCGAAUUGUCUCAAGAUACGGGGUUGAGCCACCAGUAUUAGUAAAACUUGAGAAAGAAAUUGAACUAGAAGAGACUUUACUUAAUACUUCUGGGCCUGAAGAUUCCAUCAGCAUUCCAAAAUCGUGUUGUCAGCAUGAAGAGCUGCACGAAGCUGUUAAACACAUUGCUGAAGACCCUCCUUGUAGUUGUUCUCAUCGGUUUUCUAUUGAGUACUUAUCUGAAGGACGAUAUCGACUAGGAGAUAAAAUACUUUUUAUAAGAAUGCUUCAUGGAAAACAUGUCAUGGUCCGUGUUGGUGGAGGCUGGGAUACUCUUCAAGGAUUUUUGCUUAAAUAUGACCCCUGUCGAAUAUUACAGUUUGCUACGCUAGAACAGAAAAUUCUAGCAUUUCAAAAAGGAGUUUCCAAUGAAAGUGUGCCUGAUUCGCCCGCCAGAACACCUCAGCCUCCUGAAAUGAAUCCUUUGUCAGCAGUUAGCAUGUUUCAGAAACAAAACUCAAAACCUGGCACACUGGUUGGUAUUCCAAGGGGCAAAGAGAAGCAGGUACAUCUGCCAGCUGCAUUGCCGUCAGUGUCUUCCCUGAAAGGAGGGAAUCUGGCCCCAGGGUCAGUCCGUUCUAAAUUGGCAAAUUCUCCAGCAGCGUCUUCUCAUCUCAAACUCGCGUCUUCAAAGGGCAUAACAAAGAAACCACAGGCUCCUUCUAACAAUGCGUCAUCUUCACAUGCUUCUUUAAAUCCAGUGGGUAAAAGCACUUUUUCACCAGCUUUAUCAAGAGCAGCAGCACCUUGUGUAUCUGAGUCGUUGAGAAAAUGUAUCUCAUCACCCAGUACUCCUAAGACCAAGCGUGUUCCGGCCCAGAAGUCAAGAGAUAUGCCUGAGUCUACACUUCUGCCAAAUAAGUGUUCUGGAAAAACUGAACCAAAGCAUUUGAAACACAAUCAUGUACCUUCCAGGGAUCACGUGGUCUCUCCCUCAGCUGCACAUUUAAAUUCAUCAUCAAAGUGUCCAAAGCCACCUAAGGCACAUCUGCGUGUGAGCCCUAACCCUUCUUCCUUCCAGUCCCCUGCAAAAGUGACAACAACCAGUUCCAAAACUGUCAUCAAGAGUCUGGAAACACGGGCUCAGCCCCGUGGUAGAGCUCCACAAGCCCAGAAACCUAAGUCGGCCCUGAAUUUAAACCAGCCACUUUCUGUAUCCUCAGUUGCCCCUGUAAAAGCUGCACAGAAAUUGAAAGAUAAGAAUAUGGUUUCAGUUGCCAAAAAGCAGCCUCAGAAUAAAAGCGCAUCCCAGAAGACAGGAACCAGCUCCUCCAGGUCCCCGGGCCGUACCCCACUGUCCAUCGUGAGUCUUCCCCAGUCUUCUGCCAAAACACAACCUGAACCAAAGUCAGUACAGACUGCCACCAAGAGCCAGUGCUCAGCUACUGGGCCUCCCAAAAGUGGCAAAGCCCCAGCUUCAACCAGGAAACCACCCUCAUCUGGCAAGGAGACGGUUAGUGCAGAUAAAAAACCUUCGGCUAAAAAGAAGGAAGACGACGACCAUUAUUUCGUUAUGACGGGAAGUAAGAAACCUAGAAAAUAAAUAUGUGUCAUUCUAAGAAAACAAGAGAAGAGAAAGAGAGUGAAUGUGUUAACUUCACAUCCUAAAAGGUUUCUCCUGUUUGUGUUUAUCCAAAUAGGUUCAGACAUUAAGUACAAUGAGAGGGGGUAGAGGCUGGGCCCAGGAGAAGUCUGAUCAGAACUCAUAUACCUGAAUUCACCAGAAGGUACCUUUUUGAGGCAGACAGUGGUAAAAUCACUAGGAGGUUCUUAUUAGUUAUAGACAUUUAUAUCAUUUGCCAUCCGUGACAUUUUUGUUAGUCUCCCCACUAAGGGAAACAUAGUCAAAUAACACUACUAGAACUGUAACCAUAGUUGCUAUAUUUUGAGUAUAUGUUAAAAUAUGGCAGUUAUUACCUGGUGAUAGCAGUAGAGGUGCUCUUAUUAUGUUCUUGCGUUAUAAUUUAAAAGCAACGGUUUGGCACUUGUCUUGGCACCUAAUUUAGGUUCCUGAUCAGGAUUGUUGGAAGGAACAAUACCUAGUACUGAUGGCUGGUACACAUUUGCUUGCUGUUACACUGGGUGUGGGAGAAUUGUUACUACUUAAAAAUUCUUUAAGCUUUCCAAAUCAGAAAGAACUGAUUUUUUAACUGACUUAUGUUAACAUCAAUAAUAUUUUGUUACCAGUAUUUUUGGUAAAAAAACAAGAUAUAAAAAUAUAAAUUGAAAUUUGGAAAAAAGUUCAUGUAUUAUUUAUAAGAACUUAUAUUUUUGAUGGACAUUGUGCAAUGUGAAAGAAACAACUUAGUCGUUUCAGCAUAUUAGAAAUAUUUUUUAAUGCAACUUUCUAUGCAUGCAGAUGACAGUUUUUACAUUAAAAUAAAGUUAACAUCAAAAUUAUAUUUUUACAGUCUCAAAAUUAAGGUGAUCGUGAAGAAAAAAUGGUGCUGCAUAAAAAUUCUAUGAUGUGAUUGUUAUUUUUCUUUAUAGUAACACCCAUUUUAAUUAGUUUUCCAGUUACGUUUUCUUCAAUCAAGUCAUGCUGCCUUCAGUUUUCCAAUGCCAAAUGGACAGUCAAUAAGUACCUUUUUUUGUUCUGUAGGCAGAUUCUCGAAAGAACUUACUCAGAUAAUGUAAUGACUACAUAGACUCCAUCAAUCUAAUGUAUUUGUAAAUAAUAUGUUUUUAAAGAAAUUGUGCCUAUUUAAAAAAUUGUUAAUGUACUUUCAGAAAUUUUAGGGAUGUGUUUAAUAACUUUACAGUAUUAUCAGUUAUUCCAUAUUGAGGUUUAUGUUUCCCUGUUUUAAACUAAAAUGUGUUUCUAAAGAAAAACAAUGGUUCACACAAAUAUGCAAUCAUAGAAUAGCCAUCUUAAACUGACUACUAAUGUUUAUAGAUUAUAAAGCAUGAAACUUUAGUAUAAAACUAAGUGAUCUUUUGUCUGAGGAAUAAAGACAAAAGUUAUAUGCAAGCUAGUUUUUGAAAUAAGUGAUGCUUCUCAUAAAAGAGAUGGUCACCAGAAUGGUUUAGUUUCACUGUUGGUCUGGGCAUUGAGGGAGAUAAUAUAUACAUCUUUGGAAAGUGAAGUCAGGAAUCAAGAAGUACUAGAAGCUUUACAUCUCUAGUGAUAAGAAAUAUUUACUGUAUCCUUCAAAAAGGAAGAAUUUUACCUUCAGGAAGGUGUUUAUUCCUUUGUAAGACCAAACAGUGCUUCUGUAUCAGUAACAUCAGGAAUAAAAUUGUCAUGUGGUACAAAUUCCAAGAAAUAGUUUUUAUUUUUUUCAAUUGGAAGUUGAUUCAUAAAUAGUCCUAUUUUCAUCAGGCCACUGAUAGUAGGAAUUUCUAAUUCCUAUAAUUCUGUUUUAAUUUCACACUUUGAUGCAGUGAGAACAUUCUUGAAAUACUCAUUUUAUCCAAUAUUCAUAGUCAGAAAAUUUCUCCAAUUAUAUCCACAUUGGAUGAAUUUUUACUUAUAGAUAGCUUACUCUUCCAAAAUAAAGCUAUUUUUUUUUAAAGUAAGCAAUGGCUGAAAGAUAAUUCCUUCAAAUAUAUUUUGAUAUGCUCUUAAAAGACCUAGUGUUUCUAACUGUUUUCACAGUUUUAAAAGUACAUUGUUGAAGUUGGGAAGAAAUUUUCAUUUCUUAAUAAUAGUGCAUGAUUUUUAAAGUUCCUUUUUGUUUAAUAAAGUGAAUAUUAAGCUUAAAGUACUGAAGUACCUGGAAGAAGAAAUAAUGUGUACUUCCAAGAAAGAAUGGAAUGUUUUUCCAUUGCUUUAAUUUGUUAUUAUGAAUAACAUAUCAAAUUAACCUUCAGGGGAAAAUGAAAUGCUGACUAUUUUUGCAUUGUUUGAGCCUUAAAACUUAAAUCUUCAAAAUGUUUUGAUAAAUUAGAUGAUCUCUAACUUUCUUCUUCACACUAAAUUUACAGUGCUUAAAGGCUAAGGGAAAUUUUUUGAGAAAAAGAUUGCCAUAACAUCUGUGAUGUAUAGCUGAUAUAAAAAUCUAUAACUUUUUAAAAAGCCAUCAUUAACAGUUGUCAAGAUACAGUCUUGUAUCCAGGUUUGCAUACUGACUCCGUUUGAAUCCAAAUUUAUGUAUAUUUUCUUGGAAAUGUUUGUAUCAGAUUUUAACUUAAAUAUAUUUUCUCAAGUAUUAAAAUUUAACAUAUAUACCAAGUCCUCAAUUUACUUUUUUGUGUGUUCUGAGUAUAUUCUGAUCACUUGGUUCACGUGAGAAAUUACAUAUAUGAUGCAACUAAGACCCAGUGCAGCCAAAUGAAUGAAUAAAUAUUAAAAAAAA